UAUAAAUCAAACCUCUCCCAAGUUAAAAAUCAUAGUUACGCCCUCGGUGAUAUUAGAGUCGAAACUCUGAAAAUUUUGAGAUCAAACUCCUCUGACAUGUAAGUCAAACCUUAAAGAUUGAAAGAUCAACUCAUCAAACUUCUCUUAGAUCAGGCGUUUUGAAAGAUUAAAAGAGUUCUAAAAAACCAAAACACUGUUUUGCUUUCGCAACUCAUUUUUAACUAAAAAGUAAAAAACACAGUUUUUCAACGGCACCCUUACACUUCUUCACAACAAUAAGUUGAAGAGUUUAUCAAAAAAACAAUAAGUUGAAGUUAAAAGAUGGUCAUCACCGGCGCCGAAGAAUCACUCACCGGAAAUCCCACAAACUAUGACCGUCUCCAAGAGCUGAAGGCAUUUGACGAUUCCAAGUCCGGUGUCAAAGGUAUUGUGGAUGCUGGUAUCACCAAAAUCCCCAGAAUUUUCGUCCGCCCACCGGAGGAUCGAGCCACCGGCGAACCAACCGAUACCCAUUUCACAGUUCCGGUCAUAGACCUCGGAGGCCGGCGUGCCGAUGCUGUUGACGGUGUCCGGAGGGCUGCAGAGGAGGUGGGGUUCUUCCAGUUGGUGAAUCAUGGGAUAUCUGAGAGAGUGCUGGAGGAGAUGUUGGAGGCGGCGCGUGGAUUCCACGAGUUGCCGAGGGAGGUGAAGGCUGAGUACUAUACGAAGGAGUUGAAGAAGGUGAGGUUUCGGAGUAACUUUGAUUUGUACACGUCAAGGUUCGCUAACUGGAGGGACACUUUGUAUUGUGUUAUGGGUCCUGACCCUUUGGACCCUCAAGAAUUGCCUCUAGUCUGCAGAGACAUAACUUUUGAGUAUUCUAACCAAGUCCAUAAGUUGGGGAUCACUUUGUUUGGAAUGCUAUCAGAAGCACUUGGACUCAAAUCUGAUCAACUUAUAGGCCUGGAAUGUGCGAAGGGGCAUGUCAUUCUGAGUCACUACUAUCCAGCAUGCCCUGAGCCUGAAUUGACCUUGGGCACAACCCAACACUCAGAUCCUGAUUUCCUUACCAUCCUACUUCAAGACCAUAUUGGUGGACUUCAAGUUCUUUAUGAAAAUAGGUGGAUUGAUGUUCCUCCUGUUCCUGGAGCUCUAGUAGUAAACAUUGGAGAUCUCAUACAGCUCAUAUCUAAUGACAGAUUUAAAAGUGUUGAGCACCAAGUGCUAGCAAACCAUAUGGGACCGAGAUUAUCCAUUGCAUGCUUUUUCAUUCCACAUCUUUAUCCAUCAACAAUUAUUUAUGGGCCGAUCAAGGAAUUGCUAUCAGAAGAUAAUCCCCCUCUAUACAGGGAAACCUCUGUUCAAGAUUUCAUGGCUUAUAUUGAUGAGAAAGGACUCGUUGGGGACACUGCUCUAACACAUUUCAAGUUGCAAAAAGGUAACCAAGAAAUGAGAGGAUAGAUUUGAGUAAUGGCUUUUAAAGUAAUAAGCGGAACAACCCAAGUGACAUGAACAUUUCAUAUUUGCUAAAUGUACUGCUGAAAAUUCAUUGUUUAUCUUAUAAGAUGCUCAUAUUUUACUUCA